AUGGAAUAAAAUAAUUAUUUUACAGAUCUAGAAAAUUUACUAACCUCAUAAUUGCAGUUUCAUACUGAUCUUAAUAUUGAAUUCAUCUCAAAAAACUUAGGUCCUCAGCAAGCAUCAGAUUUAGGCUCCUAAUUGGCAAUAUGCUCUAAUCUUUAAAAAUUAAUUCUUAAUAUUAGCUAUAACAAUAUUUGCGAUUAAGGUUUAUCAGAUUUAUGCACAAACUUAACGAAAUGUACUAGCCUCUAGAAUUUGAUUCUUAAUUUAGGGAGAAAUGAUAUUAGUCAUUAAGGAGUGUCAUAGCUAGGUGCUCUAUUAGCAAGAUGUGUCAACCUCUCUACUUUGAAAAUUGAUUUUCAGCAAAAUAAAAUUGGUCCUCAAGGAGCUACAGAUUUAAGCUUAGGUUUAUAGAAGUGUAUAAACCUUUCAACAUUAGAAAUUUAUUUCAACUACAAUUUAAUUGGUGACAUUGGAGCUACAAGUUUAGGUUAAGCAUUGUCUAAAUUAGCAAAGCUCUCUUGUUUGAAACUUGAUUUUUAUGCAAAUAUUAUUAGCGAUGAGGGUGCUUCAAAUUUAGGCUCUGGAUUAUCAAAGUGCUAUGAUCUUGCUACAUUGACUCUUAAUUUCUAUUCAAAUGCUAUAAAUUAACUAGGCGCAUUUGGUUUAGGUUCUGGUAUAGCUAAACUCACUCAACUUUAAACUCUGAUAAUUGAUUUCUAAUGGAAUUAAAUGAGUAAUUAAGGUACAUCACUUUUUGGCUCUGAAUUGGCUAAAUGCACAAGUAUCUCAACUUUGAUCCUUAAUUUAGAAUCAAAUAAAAUUGGGGAUGAGGGUGCAUAAGGACUUGGUUCAGGAAUAGCAAAAUUAAUAAAUUUAUCAAAGCUGAAUCUCGAUCUCUACUCAAAUGAUAUUGGAGAUGAAGGCACAUCUGCUUUGGGUUUUGGAUUUGCUAAAUGCACUAACUUAUAAUCUUUAACUCUAAUUUUAGGCUGGAAUCAAAUUAGAAAUUAAGGUGCCUUAGAUUUAGGUUUAGGUUUAACUUGCUGCUCAAAUCUGUUAUUUUUGGAUCUAAAUAUGAGGGCUAAUUAAAAUAAGUUAACGUGUUUAAGAAAACUCUACUUUAAAAUCUUAAAAAUUAAUAAGCUAAUUAAAUUUGAAUUUUGCAAUGAUGAAUUUGAAGAAAAUGAAGAAGAAUUUGAAGAAGAUGACAAUGGGUUUGAAGAAAAUGAUGAUAUUUUGCAAUAAUUUAUUUAAAAUGAAGAUUUUUCAGAUGAAAAUGAUGAAGUAUAAGGCUAAGAACCUGAUUAUUGA